AAUUUGGUAUAUUCUAUGUUUUUUUUUAAAUCAAACUGAUUUUUCGAUUAGAUUUUUUUGAGUUUUGAUUUGAAUCAGUUUUGUGGAGUAGUCCUGAGCUGCAUUUGUGUGAUUUUGCUUGAUUUUAGUAGAUUAGGUUUUUUUAUGUAAUUUUGGGUCGAUUUUCUUAUGUCACGAAUUCAAUUGAGUUGUAUGUAGCAGUAAUUACGCUUUAUUUGAGCUAUUUCAUGCUUAUUCGCGUUUCAUAUGAGUGUAAUUAUGUCAAAAUUUGACUUAAUUUCUUUGUAUGGAAUUCUUUGAUCUACAUUUGUGUAUAUUUUUGUUGAUUUGAGUAAAUUAGGUUUUUUUUUUUGUGAUUUUAGCUUGAUUUUGCAUCUUUGAUCGUAGAACUUGGAUAAUUGCUGGUUUUUUUACAGUCGAAUAAUGAUAAUUUAGGUUUUAGUUGUUAAUUGAUUGAUAAUCGACUUGGGAAAGUGAUUGUUGAUGUUGCUGAAGGAGAUGCCGAAGAUGUGAACAGAGUAGUAUCUGCUGCUCGGAAAGCAUUUGAUGAAGGACCAUGGCCAAAGAUGACUGCUUAUGUAACUAAAUUUCCGAAAAUUCGUGAAAUUAUACUUCGAUUUUACGUUGUAAAUAUUCCUUAAGCCAACUUUACUGUUGAUCUACUGCAGGAAAGAUAAAAAAUCCUUUUGAAGUUUGCAGAUCUUAUUGAAAAGCAUAAUGAUGCAAUUGCUGCUUUAGAAACAUGGGAUAAUGGAAAGCCUUAUGAGCAAGCUGCCAAUAUUGAAAUACCUAUGGUUGCACGCCUUUUCCGGCACUAUGCUGUUAAGUUGGGCAGAUAAGAUACGUUGUCUCACCAUUCCUGCUGAUGGACCGUAUCAUGUACAGACUCUGCAUGAACCAAUUGGUGUAGCAGGGCAGAUUAUUCCAUGGAACUUUCUACAGAAGCCGCGGCAGCAAGGUAUGGAAUCCAAGUGGCUUAUAGAUUGGGUGUUGCUUGUCUAUGGUUGGAGGUUACCAUCAAAAUUAAUAUAGUUAUCUUAUCUUUUUAUAUAGUGACCUUUAUGUAAAUCUGGUCAAAAUUGAUAUAGUUACCCUACUUUUGUAUAUAGUGACUUCUUUGAGAAUAUGAUCAGAAUUGAUGUACUUACCCUAUUUUUGUAUAUAGUGACCUUAAUGUAAAUGUUGUAAAAAUUGAUAUAUUUACCUUAUUUUUGUAUAUAA